AUGGCGAGCAAGGCGGUGCCGGCCGCGGGCUACGGCGAGGACGGCGUGUACCGCUCGCUGCGCCCGGCGGUGCCCAUCCCGUCCGACCCGGGCCUCUCUGUGAACGAUCUCAUCUUCCGCCGCGCCGACGCGUGCCCCGCCGCGCCCGCGCUGGUCGACGCCGCCACCGGCAGCGCCCUCAUCUUCGCCGAGCUCCGCUCCGCGGCUCUCACGGCGGCUGCCGCGCUCUCGACGAGCGCGGGCGUCCGCCCCGGCGACGUCGUCCUUCUCCUCGCGCCCAACUGUGUCCUCUACCCGGUCUGCUUCUUGGCUGUCACCGCGCUAGGCGCCGUCGCCACCACAGCGAACCCGCUGUACACCGCCAGAGAGAUCGCCGCGCAGGUCGCCGACGCCGGCGCCAAGCUCGUCAUCACAGUCGCCGACCUCCUGCCCAAGGUUGCGGAGCUCCACCUCCCAGCCGUCUUCCUCGAUGGCGGCGGCGGCGGCGGCGCCACCGCCUCCGUGCCUUCAAGCACCAACGUUAUCCUCUACAGGGACCUCGUCGACGGGGUGCGGGAGACGGAGUACCGCCGCCCGCCGACCAAGCAGAGCGACACGGCGGCGCUGCUGUACUCGUCGGGCACGACGGGGGCGAGCAAGGGCGUCAUCCUGACGCACGGCAACUUCAUCGCGGCGCACGCCAUGUUGACGUCGGACCAGGACGCGCGCGGGGAGGGGCCCAACGUGCUCCUCUGCUUCCUGCCCAUGUUCCACCUCUUCGGGCUCUCCAUCGUCACGCUCGGGCAGCUGCAGCGCGGGAACGCCGUCGUCGUGAUGCCGCGGUUCGACGUCGACUCCGCGAUGGCCGCCAUGCAGCGGCACCGCGUCACGUGCCUCUACUGCGUGCCGCCGGUGAUGGUCGCGCUCGCCAGGCACGGGAGGUGGGCCGGGAGGUACGACCUCAGCUCGCUCAAGAUCAUCCUCUCCGGCGCCGCGCCGCUCGGCAAGGAUGUCAUGGAAGCCGUGGCCAAGGACUUCCCUGGCGCCGACAUUGUCCAGGGAUACGGUAUGACCGAGACAUGUGGGGUCAUAUCGCUAGAGAAUCCAGAAAGGGGGAAAGCUCGUCAACUUGGAUCGUCUGGAAAACUUGUCACACAAGUUGAAGCGAAGAUCGUUGAUGUAGAGACAGUGGAACAUCUGCCACCGAUUCAACUAGGGGAAAUUUGUGUCCGGGGACCAAAUGUAACGCAAGGUUAUCUCAAAAACGAGGAAGCCACGGAAUUUACAAUCAAGCAAGGGUGGUUGCAUACGAGUGAUCUUUGAUACUUUGAUGAAGGAGGUUGAAAGAGAUCGGGUGCUCUAGCCUAAGAGGGGGAGGGGGUGAAUUAAUCACUAU